GCCGUCUAAAGGGCGUGGGAGGGGAGCUUAAAAUUGGAAAACUUGUCCUGACAUGGAAAACUCAGCAAAAUAACGUGAGAAAAGAUGGUAAAUGAAGGAAACUGUGAAGCUCUCUCUCUUAAGUGCUUUUUAAAACAUCUUUGUUGCCUUACAGCCAAAGAAUAACGCCCUCUCUUUUUCGCUUCACACACACAGCACAACCCAACCCAACCAAUUCUUCAUCGUACCUAACACCAUUCAAUUCUCUACCUAUAGAUGUAAUAUUAUCUCUGAGAGAAAGGGGGUGUAUUGUAUAAUCAUCGAUGGCGGCAUCAGCGGUUAUCGGUGGAGGAGGAGGAGAUGUGCGGAGGGCACACGCGGCAAUGGCGAUGGUGCAGCUCUUCAGUGGAGGGUAUCAUGUCAUCACCAAACUCGCUCUCAACGUUGGAGUCAACCAGCUUGUCUUCUGCGUCUGUCGCGACCUUCUCGCCCUCUCUAUCCUUGCUCCCAUCGCCUAUGUACGCGAAAAAAGAGUCAGAUUACCAAUGACAAGACGCCUCCUUAUAUCAUUCUUCUUUCUUGGGCUGACUGGCAUAUUUGGGAACCAGCUUUUGUUUCUUAUUGGCCUUGGCUACACAAAUCCAACUUAUGCUGCAGCCAUACAACCUUCAAUUCCGGUUUUCACAUUCAUAUUGGCUAUAACAAUGGGUACAGAAACAGUGAAUUUGUUCAGAAUUGAAGGUCAGGCGAAGGUUGGAGGUACACUCUUAUGUGUUUGCGGAGCCAUAUUAAUGGUUUUGUUUAGAGGCCCAGUCUUGAUUGGGUUUAAGGAAUCAGAAUUUGCAACACACAAUGAAAUAAGUGCCAGGGGUCAGCCAGAGCCUGCUGGAUGGUUGAUAUCUAAUUUUCUGGAGUUUGGGCUUGAACAGUGGCACCUUGGUGUCUUAUGCUUGAUAGGGAACUGUAUGUGCAUGGCCGCUUAUCUAGCCAUUCAGGCUCCAGUCUUAGCGAAGUAUCCCGCCAGCCUAUCAGUGACAGCAUAUUCAUAUUUCUUUGGUGCUGUACUUAUGGUAGCAACGGCAUUCUUUACAACAAACGAAUCAACGGACUGGAAUCUGACCCAGUCCGAGCUCUUUGCUGUGUUCUAUGCUGGAAUUGUUGCAUCUGCCCUAAACUAUGGACUCCUGACAUGGUCCAAUAAGAUCCUGGGACCUGCUUUGGUUGCUCUUUACAAUCCACUUCAACCUGCUGCAUCUGCUUUACUGUCAAGAGUUUUCCUUGGAAGUCCUAUUUAUAUGGGAAGCAUUUUGGGGGGAUCUUUAAUUAUCGGAGGGCUUUACAUGGUCACUUGGGCAUCCUAUCGGGAACGACAGGCAGCUAUGGGGAUUAUUCCUCGGUCAUCCGACCCGCUCAUUCACAAGGACUCAUCUCUCAACAAGAUUCCAUACCAGAUAGGUCAUAUUUUCUCAGGGCCCAUUGCCUCGAUACCGAAGAUCAUGGAUUAAGCAAAACAAAUGAUGAAUGUCACAGUAUAAUCCUCAUAACAGUUUUUUUUUUAGUUGGACAUUGUUGAGAUAAAUGUAAUACCCUCCAUCAUGACUCAUCUUUUCAAUGUCUCUUGCAGAUGUCAAUUUAGAAAGUAAUCUCAAUCAUAUUUUGUGUUAA